AUGCUCACCUUGCGAGGUAAAUUUGUCGAUCAUGUCAAUCAAAUUAGCCGGAGCGAGCAUGACGAACGGCCACGUCCUGAUGGAUUCCAGGACAUGGAUUCUCCCGACGAGAAGGCUUCCCUCUUAGCCAGACGAGAGACCUCAAGUAAUCCAAGAGGUGGCCUAGCGUUGUUCAACACACUAUUCGUGGAUGGGACAGCCGCAAACGUUGCAGUGGAUCAGCAUAUGGAAGCAGCCAUGAGACUCAGAAUAGCCCAGAUGCAGAGCUUUCCCCCCGAAAUUAUGUCUUCCAUAGCUCUGAAGAGACCGUCGCUUCACAACUGGAUCUUACUGAACGCAAACUUCUCUUUCAGCGGGCAUCGCCUAUUCGAAUGGCUCGGCUUCGACGGUCCCUUCGACCUCGCAGCCCAUGAGCGUAUGCAGCAAGUACCUGAUAGCUAUUAUUACUCCAAUCCUAGGAACCUGUUUCAACCCGACGUUCUUCUGCCUCAAACGGAACGCCGAAGACUGAUAGCCAUACAAAAACAGCGAAUUGGAUGGGCUGACUGGGACACCCAAUUCGGUGAUGAAAUCUGGCUCCUUCUGGGCUGCACUGUACCCGUCAUUCCCCGGCAAAGAUACGGCGGUGGGUACCAUCUAGUCGGAGAUUCUUGUGUUUACGGAGCUAUGGAUGGAGAGUUAAUGGCAGACGAUGAGCCGGAAGUUGGUUCCAAAUGGACAGACGUAGACAUCUACUAG